GCUGUGCGUACUUCCGGCUGCCGGGUUGACAUGAAGAAGCAGCGGCGGCCGGGGCGGCGGUAGCGGCCGGAGUCGAGGUUUGCUGCGGGACUCCGGGCGGAGUGUGCGAAGCGGCCGAGAGAAACAGACGGCGCAGUGGGCCCAGGAGGAGGCGCAGCAGCCGCCCUGGCCGGUCAUGGAGAUGGAAAAGGAGUUCGAGCAGAUCGACAAGGCCGGGAACUGGGCGGCCAUUUACCAGGAUAUCCGACACGAAGCCAGUGACUUCCCCUGUAGAGUGGCCAAGCUUCCCAAGAACAAGAACCGAAACAGGUACAGAGAUGUCAGUCCCUUUGACCAUAGUCGGAUUAAACUCCAUCAAGAAGAUAAUGACUAUAUCAAUGCUAGUUUGAUAAAAAUGGAAGAAGCCCAAAGGAGUUACAUUCUCACCCAGGGCCCAUUGCCCAAUACCUGUGGUCACUUUUGGGAGAUGGUGUGGGAGCAGAAGAGCAGGGGCGUUGUUAUGCUCAACAGAGUGAUGGAGAAAGGAUCGUUAAAAUGUGCACAGUACUGGCCACAAAAAGAAGAAAAAGAAAUGAUCUUUGAAGACACAAAUUUGAAAUUGACAUUGAUCUCUGAAGAUAUUAAGUCAUAUUACACCGUCCGACAGCUAGAAUUGGAAAACCUCACGUCUCAAGAAACUCGAGAGAUCUUACAUUUCCACUAUACCACAUGGCCUGACUUUGGAGUCCCCGAAUCGCCAGCCUCAUUCCUGAACUUUCUUUUCAAAGUCCGUGAGUCGGGGUCCCUCAGCCUGGAGCAUGGCCCCAUCGUGGUGCACUGCAGUGCCGGUAUCGGCAGGUCGGGGACCUUCUGUCUGGCUGACACUUGCCUCUUGCUGAUGGACAAAAGGAAAGACCCUUCUUCUGUUGAUAUCAAGAAAGUUCUAUUAGAAAUGAGGAAGUUUCGGAUGGGACUGAUCCAGACAGCAGACCAGCUCCGUUUCUCCUACCUGGCUGUGAUCGAGGGUGCCAAAUUCAUCAUGGGAGACUCUUCAGUACAGGAGCAAUGGAAGGAACUCUCCCACGAGGACCUGGAGCCCCCACCAGAGCACGUCCCCCCGCCUCCUCGGCCUCCCAAACGAAUCCUGGAGCCGCACAAUGGGAAAUGCAAGGAGUUCUUCCCAAACCACCAGUGGGUAAAGGAUGAGACUGAGGAGGAUAAAGAAGAUGGCCCUAUCAAGGAAGAAACCAGAACCCCCUUAAACGUCUCCUGCAGCCUAGAAAGCGCGAGUCAAGACACUGAAGUCAGAAGGCGGGUCGUGGGGGCAGGUUCUGCCCAGGGAGAGCCAUCACCACCCAAGGAGGAGCAGGACCAGGCGUUGACUCCCUGGAAGCCCUUCCUGGUCAACAUGUGCAUGGCCACAGUCCUCACCGCUGGCGCGUACCUCUGCUACCGGGUAUGUUUUCACUGACGGACGUGCUGGCCAGACCGCGUGUACAGAAAGCCCUGGCCACCAGCCCGGCGUUAGCACUCAGAGCAGGAGGCUCUGAGCCAGUCUCAGAAGAAGCAGAUCAAAGGUUUUCAAAGUCUGGAACUGUGAAGGGCUAACAGGAGAGAAUUAAGGAUUGAUGCACUGGGGUUUUAAGGAGCCCUGUGGUCCCAAGAAUAUAAGAGUCUAAUCUCAGGGCCUUAACCUAUUCAGGAGUAAGUAGAGAAAAUGCCAAAUAUGUCUCGCUCUCUUUUUUCUUUCUUUCUUUUCUUUUCUUUUUUUUUUUUUUUUUUUUUUUUUUUUUUUGGUUCAUUUAUUUUUGAAAAAAAAUAAUAGAAUUACAACACAUUGUUGUUUUUAACCUUUAUAAAAAGCAGCUUUUUGUUAUUUCUAGGGGAAAAGAAAAAUGACUAGGCACUUAUGAAACUCUUGUAACCUUAGGUGGUGUAACCAGAUACACAAUUUUUAUUUGAUUUCCCAGGGAAAGACUCCCACACUUUGACGAAUGUAAACUCCUUUGGAAAAGAGGGUUUAAGGGUUUCGGACACUGUCUCGCUCAGGCACCUCCUCUGCUGCGCUCACACGGAGCUGGGACAGUGCCUGUGAGCUUUCCCAUUUUAAGGAAAACAGCAAAAGGCCGUCUGGAGAAAACAAGUCCGCUUCUGCUUUUGCUCAGGGUGCCGCGCUGGUCUCGCAAUGUCUGUUUCUCCACCCAUCCAUCCCUUCUCGUUAUAGCCGUCCUGCACGUGGCCUGCCCCCAUGGCUCCAUCCGCCUGCACGGGGUUCCUCGGGGCCCCUGCCUCAGGGUCAGAGGUCACCACAGUGUGGCCACCAGCUUUUCACCCUGCCCCUGAGAUCCAGAAAGAGCGGUUUCCACUUCGCUUGGAAUAUAAAUGCGGUUUCAGUAGAAAUCCACACAUUAGAAGUGUGUCGCAGUUAAAGUUGAGGAGGAGAAUAAGGAUUAGCCUCAAAACUGGUCAUGGAUACCACCUCACAGACCUUUUUUUUAUGAUUUUCAAUAUUUUGCCUCUUUCUAAGCAGCCGUCUUUGAGUGCAUCAGAUGGUUUAGCAACACGCAAACAGAUUUUUCCUUAGGGGUGAUUUUUGGAAAGGGAGAGCUACUAUUUAAAAAAAAUCCAAACCCUCUUCGCUGGGGUGGGGCUGGGGGUGGUAUGUGAGUCCACAGCUCUGCAGGAGUGGGUCCCAGCUCACCUGAAAACAUUUGGUUUCAGUCCAGUUCCCGUUCAACAGCAACACAUAAAAUGACCCACCUAGCAGGCAGCGUGGUAGGUGAGGGCCGCCGGACCGCGUAGCCUGCCGGGCCCGACAGACCUGUGGUCUGCACUAAAGCCUCCCCGGGCUGUUGGUCUCACCUACGCGUCCUUUAACUGUUCUCCCUCCCCGUCCUUCGAGUACCAGAUCCACACCCCCUUUUUGAGGAGGGCACAGGAGAGCACUGUGAAGGUGGCAAGAGGGAAGGCAGCCUGGGCGGGGGAGGGGGCUGUUUGUGUCCCCCUCGGCUUGUCCCCAGCAGGCAGCACGCAGCAUCCUCCCCACAGCCCUCCACAGAGCCCGAGGGCAGUGAGUCUCUCCACUCCAUAUUUAUUUUUUAAUUUUUUCCCCCAAAGGUUUCCGUAGUGCACUAGCAUUUUCUUAAACCGAUAAUGUAUUAAAGUUUUUUGAUGUCAGCCUUGCAUCAAGGGCUUUAUCAAAAAGUACAAUAAUAAACCCUCAGGUAGUGCUGGGCACGUAGGACUUUGCCAUGAGCUGCUGCGUCAGACCAGCACUAGGAAGGAGGACGGUUGUAAGCAGUCGUUAUUUCCUGACAUUGUGGUAACGUGAGGAGAGGUUUGCGUAUGUGUGUGGAACAGUGGGCUAACAUAUAAUGAACAUUGGAUAUUUAAGACACAUGGUGUGCGAUUUCUUUGUCCUGGUUACUCCCCUCCCCGGUUUCCUGCCAGAACCUUGAUCUCAGUCAGCGCUCUCCCUGUGUGUUAUUAGGAUGCAUGUACAGUCUUCUUGUGGCCCGAUCAAAUACCACGUGCUUGAAAUACUUAGAUCUCUGCUUACUAACGUGCCCCCUGUACAAGUCCCAUCUGCCUUUGCAUGAUCUGAUCAUUACGUGGCUGUGGUUCCUAAGACUGUUGCUGAAAUAGUCGCCAUUCAGCGGUGGAGUGAUGUUUUCCAAUGACAGAUAUUUUGCCUAAUUCCUGGCAUGACACUCUGAUGACUUCCUAGUGAGGCCCGGCCAUCCUGGUCCAGCUGGGUCCCACUGUAACUCAGACAUUCCAAGGGGAAGGGAAGCCAUAGCCACACCUCGUGCUCUGGACAUUUUGACAAGCAGGGUCCCCCCGACACAGCUUUGGGAUCAGCCUCCACUCUCCCAAGUUCACACUCUUCUGGAGCAGAGACCGUGAUUUGGAAUCAAGAUGACUGUUGGAAACCACACUUCUGGAAACAGCCUGGACAACGGUCCCUUCAAGUCUGCCUGCUGCCCUUUAGGUCUGGGGCCCUGCCGAGCGAGGCCUCUGCCCCCGCCCUUGAACCCUGGGGACUGAUGGUGCUCACGACUCUUCCUCCGAGGGAAACUUAAGACCUCCACAUUAAGUGGCUUUUUAAACAAGAAAAAAAAAAAAAGGCAGCUGUAGCUCACGAGCUGCUCUUUUGCCAGCAUUUUCACAUUUUGCCUUUCACGUGUCAGAAGCUCGUGCAGAGAAAUUCCAUGGUGGGAACAUCUGAGGCGUCACCGCGUAGAGCCUUGGUGAGGUGUGGAUAAGGCCGAGGUGCCAGGCUGGGAGCAUUUUGAGUUGGGCUUGUUUGUCUGUUUUUUAAGUCCUGUAUAUGUAUGUAGUAGUUUGGGUGUGUAUAUAUCGUAGCAUUUCAAAUGGAUAUACUGGUUUAACCUCCUAUCCUUGGAAAACAGAUGGCUCUCCAUCUUGUCACACGUAUGUUAGAGAAGUAGCGAGCUGCUCUGCUAUAUGCCUUAAGCCAAUAUUUACUCAUCAGGUCAUUAUUUUUUACGAUGGCCAUAGAAUAAACCAUUUGUAGAAAAAUAAAAACAAACAAAAAAAGCAAGGUGUUUUGGUAUAAUACCUUUUCAGGUGUGUGUAUAUGUGGAUGCAUGAGGCGGGGGGUGGGGGUGGGGGCGCGUCUCAGGGUCUUCUGUGACCUCACAGAAUUGUCAAACUGUACAGGUUUCCAACUUGCCAUAUAAAUGAUGGGUUUGCAUUUUAGUUGCAACAAUAAAACUUUUUUCUAAAGAACA